CAAGAAGCAGAAAAUACAUAGGAAAAAAAAAGUGAAAGAGAAAAUAAAGAGAUAAAGUAAGAUGCGAAAUGCUAAGUAAGAAAGAAAAGUAACGCAUAGCAAUUAGUAAUACAUAAGAAUCAUCUGCGGGUUAAGGGGGUCAAAUACUCAAAUCCUCACAAAUGGUUUCAGAAAAUUGAAAAACCAAACACCAAAACUAAACUUAACACUGAAUGGACUGAACACAGCACUUUCUUUCUUUCUCUCUCUUCAGUAUUGUGUUUCUUUUCUCAUUCUCUCAGCUUUGCUUAGAUCCAGGGUGUUGUUGAUAGUGUUAACUACUGAUAGAAAAACAAUGUAUUGGUAUAUGCUUUAAGGAGAUACCCUCUGCUUGUGAAAUUGACAUAUAAACUCUGACAUCUAGAAGAAUUUUAGAUAUGGAAGAAAUACAGUCUCAAUCAGAUAAUUAUAGGUCUUCAUCAUCUUCAGCAAGCAGCCCGGCAAGUAGGGUUCCAUCAAGUAACUUCUUCUACUUGCGAAAACCUGGUUCAAUCAGGCAGCCAAUUUCGUUUGAGGAUUCACCUGAGUGGGAGGAUACUGAUACAGAUCUUAGAAUUGAGGAAGGAGGUGACUCCAUUAAUGCUGCGACAACACCGGCUUCUCCUUCUCUCUCAAAGAUCAACAGUGGAUCCUUGCCGUCACCUCGUGUACCGGAGGGUGUGGUUAUACCUCGCAAAAUUGCUGGGGCUUCUGUUGCUUGGAAAGAUUUGACUAUUACAAUAAAGGGAAAAAGGAAGUACUCUGAUAAGGUUAUUAAGAGUUCAACUGGUUAUGCUUUACCGGGGACAAUGACUGUAAUUAUGGGUCCUGCCAAAUCAGGAAAGUCUACUUUAUUGAGAGCCAUUGCAGGAAGAUUGCAUCCGUCAGCCAGGAUGUAUGGUGAAGUGUUCGUGAAUGGGGCUAUGGGUCAUAUGGCUAUGUGUAUUUUAAGUAUAUUAAAAGCAAAAUAAACAGGAGGCUCCGAUGUUACUAAAGGGAAAGUCUAGAGACACUAAUACAGAGCUUAUAAAACCGACUAACUAUACAGAUCAUCUUCAUCGGCUGCGCCAGCAGCAGUUGCAAAGGGAUCAGAUCCAGUAGUCCUCUCAGCAGUUUCUGGAAACCUAAACUCACUUCCGAAUCCCCUCGACUGCUGUAAGGUCUGAGCAAAUGCCUGGUAUUUGCGAAUA